GCCUCAGUGUGUAAUGACUCAUUCACAUUCACAGCUUAGAGUAUCAGUGCAGCAGGCUGCACCUUGUAGCCCAAAAUAUUUGUGACACCAAACAAAGAAGGAAAGCAUGGAAGCAGUGUCGUCUCAGCAUCACAGAGAGAAUAACUGUCCAUACAGCUGCAACCAAUAGGUACUGUAUGAAGCCCAUGCAGAACUUUGCUUCCUGCAUAUUCAUUUCACACUUGUGGAACAUUACGCGCUAAGAAUUUAAAGUGGAUUGAAAAUGUUUCUUCUCCUUGGCUGCUGGAUCCUCACAGGUAUCAUGGCAGAGGACCCAGAGGUGACACAUUACCAACUGAAAAACAGCUCUGUGUGUCUACAUGUUAGCAAACCGCCGCCACGUAACAGUGCAAAAUGGACUUUUGCAGGCACUUUUAUUAUUUCAUCUGACACCAGCAACCCCAACUUUGCAAACAAAGUGGAUUACGAGCGUGAAAACCUCACCUUGUGUCUAAAACAGCUAACUGACACUGACAGUGGCAUCUACAAAGUCUCAUUUCAUGACUCUGGGUUUAAGGAGGUAUCUGAGACACACAGAGUCAUUGUUGAGGAACAUGUUCCUCGGCCUGUGAUCAGAAUUUCAGUGCUGUUCUCCAACCUGUCAGCUGGACUCUGCAGCAUCUCAGUCAACUGCUCCGUCCACGACGACUGGGUGAGGUCUGUGUGUGAUGAGGACGAUUGUAGAACAUCUGACAAGUCACUCACAAAGGUCAACAUCUCCGUCUCCACUUACAACAGAACUGUUGUCUGCAGUGGCAACAACCAUGUCAGCACAAAUAAUGUUUCUGAAAGCAUGACAACAAUGUGCUCCAGUAAAUCUGCUCCUGAACACACAGAGGCUUUACAUCUACCCAUUGUAAUAGUAAUAUGUGUUGCAGUUUUGGUGGUUCUCAUUUCCUUUUUCACUCAUAUGGUGAAGACGCUUUUUUUGGAAUGUAAUCACCAUCAGGGACAGACAUCAGCUGCUCAUUUAGGACAAAGCCAUCCAGUUGAGGCACAGCCACAACAUGAGCCCAGAGCCUCUACCUCUUCUUCCAGUCAAGCUGAGGCCACUUAUGAAAACUUGGAUGCCACACAGUCCAGCAGUGCCACACAGCAGUCAGGGUCCACACCAAGUGAGGGAGUAGAUACUGUCUACUGUAUGUUACAGGCACCAAAUGUGAUUCCUUCUCUUAGCAAGAGUGACAAAAGUCGAGGUACGAAAGGACGCGAGAUGAUUCGCGAGCCACCGACUUCACAGCCUGUCAGUGUGAAUGAGGCAGAGUGCCUCACAAAAAUAGACACAGUGUACAGUGUGUUGCAAAAACCAAAAAAGCAGUCACAGCUUCACCAACAGGCAAAACAAGAUUUACAGAAGAGGUGAACGUGACAAGUAAAAGAAGGAUGUUGUAUGGACAUUCAUGAAGUUUUUAUUUUAAGUCUUUGCAGGUUAUGUAGAAAAGAAAAUGGAAAGCAUUUAAAAUUUGUAAAAAAAAUAGUCCGGCAUUAUUAUGUGUUUUCUUCAAUAAAAAAAAAAAAGUAUUUGUUACUUUCUGU